ACAGCAUGACGUUUUCACCCUCGGCUCACAUAGUCGUAAUCUUUAUGUUGAAAACAUCACAAGGAUUAGUUUAUCCUGAAGAAACCACAUUCGAUUACAUAGGAAUGAUACCAGAAAACUACAUCUCUAACUACGAAGCAGCGUAUUUACUUCUGACAUCGACACAUCCAGCCAACGUUUCCAUAUAUGUCCCAUUCCUUAGAAGCGGCGCCAUUGAAGAGUUCGUGUUAUCGAGCAACGAGACGAGGAAGUUACAGCUGGACGUGACUCUACGGAUGCCCAGCGAGUCUCUGGUGUCUCGGAGAGCGUUCCUCGUCAAAUCAACAGGCGCCAUCUCCGUCGUCCUCCUGGACAAACAGCUUCUCAACCUUGACGCUCUACAGUUCAUGGAACUCGAGAGUCUCGGCAAAAGGUACACAGCUUUCUCCUUCUUGGAUGGACUUCCGGGCUCGUUUGUGGCCAUCGCCAUUCCGUUCGAAGUCACUGAGAUAAGAGUGAGGCUUCCCUCCGGAGUGAAGCCCAUUACAGUCUCAGUGAAUGGACAGAAAGUUGUCAUUGACCCCGAAAUAAACCUGACCCUGAACGCCUACGAUGCCUUCCAGAUCACAAGUCCCGAUGACCUGACCGGCACGACGGUCAAGUCGGACAAGAGAGUGGCCAUGUUCGCCGGACAUCUGAGGACCAACAACAGAGGGGGCUGCUUGGAUCACUGCUUGGCCCAGAUGUACACGACCUCGGAUCUUGGUUCAAAAUACAUAGCCUUCGGCUAUAGGAAGACCGGCAACGAGGACACGAUUCGAAUCACUUCUGUGUACGACAAAACCUCGGUGAUGGUGAACAACGAAACGGCACUGUAUCUGGCCAACAGCAGCCUUUUCGAGGACGUCUAUCUACCAGGCAACGCGUUCUACUACAUCGACGCUGACAAACCGGUCCAGGCCGGUUGUAUCGGCGUCAGUAGCAACCCAGACCCCAGCAUGUGGCUCUACACGCCGCUGCCGUUCCGAUGUUCGUCAUACGUGUUCACCGUGCCCUCCGUGCCUGGCUACACCAGCGCCAUGAAGAAUGAUCUUGUCCUGAUAGUGGACAGCGCCGCUACAGAAGACAUCUUCCUGAACGGAGAACGAGUCUCCCCGAACUGGAUGAAUGUAACCGGUUCCUCGUACAGCGGCAGUUACAUACCGGUCUCCGGGGUUGACACCACAUUCCACGUGACGCACGGGCAACACGUGCCAUUCGCUGUUUACGUGUUGUCGUCCUUGCCAUGUGUGAGCUAUGCCUUCCGAUUAGUAACAUGUGACAAUGGGACUCGCGAGGUGACAUUCCCGGAGAUCGAGCAGGACGUUCUGUCGGAGCGAGUCUACUUCCCCAUCAACAAUGUGGUGGUUCUCAAACGACAUCUCAACUCCCGGUUUGACGCGUACUACGGCCGCAAACACUCGACGUCCGACUCCCAGGAGUGCUUGGUCAUAUGCCUGAAGUACGCCGACUGCUUUGGAGUGAACUUCGCGCCCGUCAGUCUCAGCGGAUCUCACAACUGUGAGAUUCUGCUCACAAACGAAGGCGUCUCCCUGCCAUCAGAGGACUGGGACGCGCAUACCAUUGAGGGUAACUAGUGAAACCAAACAUUAGUCUGCUGUAGGUGUGUUUAAAACAUAGACAACACAAUACAACGUCGUACCAGUUGGGGCGUGUUAACACACAGACUGACUAGGCCCAGGCCUAAAGCGCUAUAUUUUAAGGGGCGGCAACAUCUUGCUUUAAAAAAAUAAAAUUAGAAUCUGCUAGCUCUUUAUGCCAGAUCCCCCUCCCCCUAAUGCUCAUCCGCAUACCCCCAUAUUUUCCCACUAGGUAGCCUAGUAAAAUGUAUUCUUCAUUAUGGUUUUGGAGAGGGCGCAAGAAUAUUAGUGACCUUGGGGCGCCAAAUAAUCAAAUACGUCUCUGCUCAUAAGAAGAACGAUUUCAUGAAUUGUGAAUGUCAUUAUGCGAAAUGCUUGAUUGGUUAGUUUAAGCAUAUCGAAAGUUUGGAAUAAAGAUCGAUGAUUGAGUUGUGGGAUAAUCAAUAAAAGGUUAUCGACUGUAUUCUGAUGAGGACGAACGAGGAAUCACGCGACGGUUACUCCCAUUCUUACAUUCAACAGAUAGAGACGAUAGCCUACAUCAUUAGCCUGUUACUCUUUAUUGGACAUAAAGACUGACGUGGUGUUAAAUGUAUUUCUGGAUGUAUAAAUCACAUGCACAUAUUCGUCAAGUACUCUCUUCCCAAUAUUCUCAAAUCUGGAAACGAGUAAACAUUUUACACACAUCGUGAGAGGAUGUAUUUCUAAACGAUUCUGAAUUAUAAAAUUCCAGUGUCCUCGAAAUGAAGAAAGACAAAACAAUGCCUAUGAAUACGUUUUGGUCUGCUGCAGGCAUUGGAAGACUAAUGAGAAAUAUUCGUAACAGGAGUAUCAAGACAGUGUUUACAGGAGUAUUUACCUUUCAGACCAGUUGUGAGACACACAGAAACAUUCGUUUUCUUGUUAUAUAAUUAUGACUGAACAAUAAGUUGUGUCACAUAGUAUACUAUUGCUUGUGUCUUUUCUGAAAAAAACAUGAUACAACCCGAAAAGUUCUUUUUGAGUAAAAAUAACACACUUUUAAAUGUUCCUCGUAAAGCGGCCCUCACAUAUCGGUCGCGACGCCCGCGCGACUCCUAAAACAGGCCAAAAAGCGAACGUUAGCUACCAUAAAACACUUUCCGAUCAUUUUAAACAGCAAGCAUAAGUUAAAAAUGAACAACUUUAUUUUAUCCUGUGCUGUGUCUCUUCUGCAAAACAUUUGCAAAAAUUCUAUAAGAAAAGAAUAAGUAAAUGAAAGAAAGAAAUGUUUUAUUUAACGACGCACUCAACACAUUUUAUUUACGGUUAUAUGGCGUCAGACAUAUGGUUGAGGAUCACACAGAUAUUGAGAGAGGAAA